ACAGACAAUACCAUCUCUAGCGCUACGAUUGCAAGAGCGACAUAGCAGAAACAGCAGCCUACAGCGCGGACCAAUAGGAUGGCUGCAUAUCAGUUUCACAGCCAACCCGAAUAUCUGCAGAUGCCUGCAUCAAAGCGUCGAGAUUUAUGCUGGUUUUCUUAAGGAUAAGCCAUCUAUUUUUAGAAUCUGUAGUAUACAUUUGAUCGUUUUCUUUUCUAUGUUUACAUCUUCCUUUUAUUCUUUCUCGACUGUCCCUGCGGCGUGUUUGAGAGAGAUACCCCCCUCUGUCUGCUUCGUCGCGUGGACUGAGAUAACAGCCGUGCUAUUGAUUUUUGCUCUUCAAUGGAAUACAUUUUUAUUCUAAUAGCGAGUGUUGGCAAUACAUUUCGCAUCUGCUGUGUACCGGUAUURCCCUCUAUGAGAAAGAGAMUAUUCCAUUAYUCUUAGCUGAAGAUUGAGACAMCACACAUAGACACAACAAGAACCGGGAAACGUUCAUUCGUAGAGCUUUCAGUUCCAUAGCGCCUGGUAUUGCUCCCCCCUCGAUACCCCAGGACCGUGGACAGCGCUUGUGCCAGUGGCCGCAGCUCGGUGUGAAAAACAACUAUUAGGCCUAACGGUUAAUCACAAUCAUAACAAGAUACUCAAGAAUUUACUAAAAGUAAAGAUUACAGGCCGUGAUUCUGUAUGGAUUAUACCAGAAGAGUCUACUGAUUUGAAGGUGCCAUUUCUCCUCUCAGAGAACAAGAAUCUUUGGUUCUUCCCGUUAAAAACACUUUUGUCAGAUCCCCCAGAGAAGAGAACCAACUCUCCCUCCAUAACUCUCUCCCCCAGAGGAACCAUGGGUACCGUACUGUCCCUCUCCCCCAGCUACCGGAAAGCGGCCCUGUUCGAAGAUGGCCCGGCCACUGUGGGCCACUACACGGCCGUCCAGAACAGCAAAAACUCCAAGGACACCAAGAGCCUCAAGCGCCAGUCCCUCAUCAGUGUGUUGCCAUGGAAACGCAUUGUGGCGGUAUCGGCCAAACGGAAAGGUUCCAAAAAGCUCCCACCAGACGACGGGCAGAAGGUCAGCACUGAGCACACCAUCACCAACAGCCAGAAGCUAAAGAAGUCCCAGUCCUGCGCCAACUUGUCCUCUUUCACCACGCAGGAACCCAACAUAGCUGCCACAAUCCCCACCUCCAAGACCGUCUCCAACGUUGCUGCCACCGCUAAGAAGAACCUGUUGACUGGUUCCACGGGGGGCCAGGCAACGAACGCAGGCACGCCCAAGCGGGUGAUCGUCCAGGCCUCCACCAGCGAGCUAAUGCGUAGCCUGGGUGAGUUCCUGUGCCGGCGCUGCUACCGGCUGAAGCGUCUGUCGCCUACCGACCCGGUGCUGUGGCUGCGAAGCGUGGACCGCUCCCUCCUUCUCCAGGGCUGGCAGGACCAGGGCUUCAUCACCCCAGCCAACGUGGUCUUCCUCUACAUGCUGUGCCGCGAUGUGGUCUCCUCCGAGGUCGCCAGCGAGCGGGAGCUGCAAGCCUCUCUGCUCACCUGCCUCUACCUGUCCUACUCCUACAUGGGCAAUGAGAUCUCCUACCCGCUCAAGCCCUUCCUGGUUGAGGCUGAGAAGGAGGCCUUCUGGGACCGCUGCCUGGAAAUCAUCAACCGCAUGAGUGGCAAGAUGCUGCAGAUCAACUCCGACCCACACUACUUCACCCAGGUGUUUGCCGACCUCAAAAACGAGAGCAAGAAGGAGGAAGAGAAGACAAGGUUGUUGAUAGGCCUCGGCCGAUAAGAGGAACCAUGGGAGAACGGUAAAGGGAGGAACAGGGGAGAAGUGAGACAGGUGGGAUGUGGAUAGGGUCAGGGUGGCAUGCACGACUACAGAAAAAACAGGACCGUUGUCUGGUAUUCCCAUCUUGAAUUAGGAGGAAAUUGGUUUAACUGGAGGCCAUAAUGACCAAUCAGGAGGCUCUGGUGUCAUAUAUCAUGUUAACAAUAAUUGGGCAUUAUAGUACUUACAGACAAUCACACAGAUACAAUUACUGAUAACCUUUAUGUUGAGUGAACAGUAAAACACUGCCUUCAGGACAUUUGAUAACAGAGAUGCAGCGUGGUCUAGGGCUGGACACAUAUUACAUAUUACUUCAAUAGUAGCCAAACCUGACAAGAUUACAAUGAUAGAAAAUGAUGACCCCUCAUAAACCCAAAACAGGUAAUCAAAUGUCAAUGACUUGAGUAAAAAGAAGAAUGGCUGAGUAAAAGCCAGAUACAUUUUAUGUGUCCAGAUUCAGAGUCAAGAGAAUCACUUUAGGAACUUCAGAAGUUGUGAGGCCUCUGCAUCCCUUUUCCCCCUCUCUAAGCUGCAUUGGCAUCCUCAAUGACCCUAAAUAUUAACACAGACAGUGGAAACACCAGAUAACUUCACUGUAGUAGUCUGCUCAUGUACUGUACAUACUUAGGGGGGAAAAAAUGAAUAAACUAUAAGAGAGUCAUCAAAGCAACCAAAAGCAAAGCUAAAGAGAGGAUCCGUGUGGAUUCAACAAGGCAAAUGUGGGGGAACAAGAAACAUGAGGAUUCUACUACGCAUGAGACGACGUCCCAUGUCAUCACGUGUUCACUCAGGACAUCACGUCUUCACACGUCUUGAUUUCCUAAUGUCCCCCACAGAAUUGCCAAUGCCCCCUACCUCACCACCAACAAUAGCCCUGCCCAAGUCUACCCCCACAACAUUGCACUUCUUCCCACAACAAGCAUGUCUGGUUUUAUUUCACCAUUUACAGAUAAGAGGGUAACAUUGCCAAACCUCAUCACCCACCAAAGUCCUGAUUUGUGUUUUGAUAUGGAGAGGAGGCUAGUCCUCGUCAAAGAAAGUGAUAUGGAAUGCCAGUGGAACAUACUGCUGAGUUGAUUGACUUCCAUUGCACUGAAACAACACUAGUCGAGAACUACAGGAGACUAUUAUUGUGGCACUUCAUAUGAUGUGUCCACCUCCUUGGUUUCCAUUGAGGACAGAACAAAAUGGAUUCUCCAUUCAGUCAUCUCCCUUAAAGAGACUCUUUCCUCCCCACUGAUGGUUAUUUAUGUAACGACUUGUGUUGACAUGCAUGUGUGCUUCUAUGGGUUCCUAGCAUGCUGCUUUGUGUUCGCACACCACGGCUACGUCCUAAGGGGCACCUUAUUUCCUAUGUAAUGGGCUGCUCUGGCCAAAAGUAGUGCACUACAUAGGGAAUGGGAUGYCAUUUGGGACAUAGCUCCACAUUAUUUUAGACUGAGAGUAGUAUGCUGCAAUGCUGCCCUUACCUUAAAUAAUUAUGAUAUUAUGAUUACUGAUUAAGUCUUCGUUUUGAUGAAAACCCACCUCCUGCAAGGUUGGGAUUUCGAGAGUCCUGUGCCAUAUCGUUCUGAAGAUUAGGAUUUAUAAAAACAACAACCCAAGUCUUGGAUCAUCAUGCAGAACAAGAAAGACUUCUUCAUGCAAUCAUCCUAUACAUUUCAUUAGUUAUUAUUAUAUUAUUGUGUAUGUAUGUUGGAGAUGACAGAGCCAGUGACUUGUGUUCUACCAAUGACUUGUGUUCUACCAAUGGCAACAUGUAACAAGAGAAAUAUGAAUUAUCUGUCCAUUUCAGAAUCUCCACUGACUUGGCUACGUAGCGCUCAAUUGAAACUGCCAUUGAUAUUAUCAACAGUCUCAAACCUCAUGAAAAAUAUGCAUAUGAAAAUUAGAUUGCAGAGCCUGCAUACACGUUCUUCCUAUAUGAUGUGUUUGGGAUGGAUUGAACAGUAGAUAGCUGAUGUAUAACUUUCAGAUAAAAUUGGAAUUAGAAUUAUCAAGACAUUUUCUUUGCUGUUGAACCGAGUUGUGUGGUAUGGGUUCAGUGCUUAUUGUCAUACAAUACAGUCAUUUACACUUCCAUGUGCUUGAAAUAGUUACUGAAAAGAAAAUAAAAAAAUUCACUGAGGGUUUGCUGCUUCUAAAUUGAUGCUAGUAAAUGAACAUUUGAAUAUUGCUCUCUUUUCAUUGCUAUUAAUGUUUAUAGCUCCAACCACAUUUGAAUGUGUGUAAUUAUUAUCUUUACAAUUUCAGAUAGUUACAGUAAAUGGUAAAAUAUUGACAUCUGGAUAUUUUGCGAACUCUAUCUAUAGGCCUUCCAUGAAAAUGCACAUGUGUAAACUGGCCAAUAAUACUGAUGAGUAGAAAUGUAGUGGAAAUGACAAGCAGUGAAACUUCUAUACUUGGACUUAUAUAUUGUGUAAAGCAACAGAGAUAGUGACUGCCAGGUGGAGUUUCCACCAUUUUGUUUUCACCUAUUCAGUCCAUUCAACUCAGCAAGGGCAAGUCGCAAAGAACAGAGGGAAGGAAACAAAUGUUUGGAAUGGAUCCCCCAGACAGUUUGGAAUGGAACACCCAGCCAGUUUGGAAUGGACAACUCAGCCUGUUUGCAAUGGAACACAGCCUGGGACUCUAUGAAACUUUAUGGAGAGGGGUGAAAUUCACCUUGCAUCCUCUUCUCUUUGACUAAGUCAUAACUAUGUGCCAUGUUUUCACUUGCAACACAAACAAGACAACACGUUUGUAAAAUACAAAGUUAAUGGGUUAUUAAAUGUUUUCCCCUUUUCAUUUGUGAAUCAUAUGGUGUGCAACUUUGUUGAACAAAUCAUGUCAAAAUAGUGUUAUUAGAGUGAAGAUGGGGCAAUCUGUGACUAAUGUAUGUGGAUGUGUGACUAUGUAAGUGAGUGAGAAGAAUUUGAUCAACUGUUACAUUUACUUUAUAUAAAAAAAUACAUUUGCAAGUCUU